AUGGCGCUUCAACUUAACGGGAAAGUUGCCGUUGUUACUGGCUCCAGUUCUGGCUUAGGAGAAGAAGUUGCUGUUUUGUUCGCGUCUCGGGGCGCGAAAGUGACUCUCUGUGGUCGGAAUGAGGAAAGACUUAGAUCCGUGUUAGAGAAAGUUGUGAAGGCCAAUGGAGGACACGAAGACCGGUAUCUGACUGUACAAGGGGACUUGAAUGAUAAGAACGUUCGUAAGGAGAUCGUUGAGAAAACUGUGGAGAAGUUUGGACGUUUGGACAUUCUUGUACCCAGCGCUGGUGUUAUUCAUCCUAACCAAUCAAUUUCAACUACCACGGAAGACGUUUACGCUGAUAUCAUGGACACGAACUUGAAGUCUGUGUUUUUUCUCAUUCAAGAAGCCGUACCCUAUCUGGAGAAGACCAAGGGGACCAUAAUUAAUCGUAUCUUCAGCCAAUACAAAUAUGGCUAUUCCAGCGGUCACCGUAUCCUUACUAUCAAAAGUAGCCCUUGA